AUGUGCGCAUGCUACCAUGUGGGCAUGCCCCCAUGUGCGCAUGCUACCAUGUGUGCAUGCUACCAUGUGCGCAUGCUACCAUACCAUGUGGGCAUGCUACCAUGUGCGCAUGCUACCAUGUGCGCAUGCUACCAUACCAUGUGGGCAUGCUACCAUGUGCGCAUGCUACCAUGUGCGCAUGCUACCAUGUGGGCAUGCUACCAUGUGCGCAUGCUACCAUGUGCUCAUGCUACCAUGUGCGCAUGCUACCAUGUGCGCAUGCUACCAUGUGCGACAUGCUACCAUACCAUGUGGGCAUGCCCCCAUGUGCGCAUGCUACCAUGUGCGCAUGCUACCAUACCAUGUGGGCAUGCUACCAUGUGCGCAUGCUACCAUGUGCGCAUGCUACCAUGUGCGCAUGCUACCAUGUGUGCAUGCUACCAUGUGCGCAUGCUACCAUACCAUGUGGGCAUGCUACCAUGUGCGCAUGCUACCAUGUGCGCAUGCUACCAUGUGGGCAUGCUACCAUGUGCGCAUGCUACCAUGUGCGCAUGCUACCAUGUGCGCAUGCUACCAUACCAUGUGGGCAUGCUACCAUGUGCGCAUGCUACCAUGUGCGCAUGCUACCAUACCAUGUGGGCAUGCUACCAUGUGCGCAUGCUACCAUGUGCGCAUGCUACCAUGUGGGCAUGCUACCAUGUGCGCAUGCUACCAUGUGCGCAUGCUACCAUGUGCGCAUGCUACCAUGUGCGCAUGCUACCAUGUGCGACAUGCUACCAUGUGGGCAUGCCCCCAUGUGCGCAUGCUACCAUGUGCGCAUGCUACCAUACCAUGUGGGCAUGCUACCAUGUGCGCAUGCUACCAUGUGCGCAUGCUACCAUGUGCGCAUGCUACCAUGUGUGCAUGCUACCAUGUGCGCAUGCUACCAUACCAUGUGGGCAUGCUACCAUGUGCGCAUGCUACCAUGUGCGCAUGCUACCAUGUGGGCAUGCUACCAUGUGCGCAUGCUACCAUGUGCGCAUGCUACCAUGUGCGCAUGCUACCAUACCAUGUGGGCAUGCUACCAUGUGCGCAUGCUACCAUGUGCGCAUGCUACCAUACCAUGUGGGCAUGCUACCAUGUGCGCAUGCUACCAUGUGCGCAUGCUACCAUGUGGGCAUGCUACCAUGUGCGCAUGCUACCAUGUGCGCAUGCUACCAUGUGCGCAUGCUACCAUGUGCGCAUGCUACCAUGUGCGACAUGCUACCAUGUGGGCAUGCCCCCAUGUGCGCAUGCUACCAUGUGCGCAUGCUACCAUACCAUGUGGGCAUGCUACCAUGUGCGCAUGCUACCAUGUGCGCAUGCUACCAUGUGCGCAUGCUACCAUGUGUGCAUGCUACCAUGUGCGCAUGCUACCAUACCAUGUGGGCAUGCUACCAUGUGCGCAUGCUACCAUGUGCGCAUGCUACCAUGUGGGCAUGCUACCAUGUGCGCAUGCUACCAUGUGCGCAUGCUACCAUGUGCGCAUGCUACCAUACCAUGUGCGCAUGCUACCAUGUGCGACAUGCUACCAUGUGCGACAUGCUACCAUGUGGGCAUGCCCCCAUGUGCGCAUGCUACCAUGUGCGCAUGCUACCAUACCAUGUGGGCAUGCUACCAUGUGCGCAUGCUACCAUGUGCGCAUGCUACCAUGUGCGCAUGCUACCAUGUGCGCAUGCUACCAUGUCGAUGUCACAGGUGGGUGUGAGGGGCGUCGCUGGGUUGGCCUUCAAGAGGCAGAGGAACAUGCGGUAG